GAUACCAACAAAACAGGUGCUAAGUGUGUGCAUGUUGCUACUGCUGUCAACAUUUGAGAUAUUCACAACCUAAUUUUAAAGAAGAUAAUUAGUCAUGUCUUGGAGUAACGUUAGCCAUUGCUAAGCAGUAGUGAAAUGCUGAAAGAGAAUCACAAAGAGAAAUCUGGCAAUUCAAGAGGGAGAGCAGCUGAAGUGAUAUUGGAAAAACUCCCACCUGUGAAGGACCGCUCAAGAGCUUUGCAUCACCCUUUGAAACAUCAGACCAGCCUUCGAGAGCAACCAUUUGAGGACCAUAGACCAAGGGAAAGGACUGUCAUGAAUGAAUGGCAGCAACAGUAUUCCCAAGAGACAUUUCAUCAAUCCAAAUAUUCCUCCCAAAGCAGAACACAUAACUCAGCAAGGACAAAGUAUGUUUACCCUGAAGAACCAGGUGAUAUUGUGUCUGGGAGGAAAGCAGAUGGAGUGGACAAGGCAUUUUCACUGAAGCCUGUUUACCAUAAAAGAACUUUAAUCAUAGAUAGGUUGAGUAAUGACGACGUAGCUUGUAAACCUAAUGAGUUUCAAAGACUCCCUCCGUAUUUUCCCUCACCACCACAUGAUCAUUCAGAGUAUGAUAGAAGAAGUGGCAUAAUAAGCCACAGAAGACCUGCUGAGGAUCCUUCACCAUCAUUGGAAGAGAACACAAACAGCAGAAGGGUUGCUGGGUACAAACGAUCAAAGGGAGAGCAGCAGAGGCUGGAUUAUGAGCGGAGGAUGGCAAGGAAAAUUGAAAUGGAUAAACUAAUACUCCAGGAGAAGCUGUUGAAAACUCAGGAAAAAGUGAGAGAAAUGCAGAAGAGGGAGAGAACUGUCUCAGGUGAUAACACUAAGAGGGCAGAGAGGCAUAUUAGGAGACCAGUGGAAAGAGAAAAGGAGUGGAUCGAGAGCAAGGUGUCCUCAGCUGAGCAGAGAAGGGAAAAGGAGAGAGUUCACGAGAUGGAAAGGAGGGAGAGGUUGAUGAUGAGGGAUAAAGGCCGGGAGGAUAUUGAGUGGCAGAGAGAGAAAAAAGAAGAGUUAAGUAGGGAGAGAAGAGAGAAGAAGAGGGCACUUGCAGAAGAGUGGGAGAGGUUGGAAAGAAUGGAAAGGGAAAUUGUGAUCAAGCCAGAGUGGAGUAGAGACAGGAGGGCUGAGAAGGACCUAGAGCAACAGAGGGAGAAAAAUGGAGAGUGGAGCAGAAGGGCGAGAGAAAGGGAGAAUGAAAAGGAUACAAAUUGGGAGAGGGAGAAAAGAUUUGAGAGGAAUAGGUGGGAGAGGGAGAAAGUGAAAGAGAGAGAACGAAAUGGGGAGAAGGUUGAGAAGAAGAGAGACUGGGAGAGGGAGUAUAAGUGGGAAAGGUCUUCUAGAGAGAGGUAUGUUUCAGCUGAUGAUAAGAGGAAGGAGCGUGACAUAUUUCGUAGAGGGCUGGAUCAGGAGGGACAGCUUAAAACUGCACAUAGAUCAGUGCCAGGGAGCCGCAGUAGCAUCAAUUGUAGACAAAUAUCUCGAGAAGCUUCCCACACAUCACCCUCAGUUCACCGCCAGUCAAGUCGGCUACUGCAAGUGGAACUCAGCCCAGCGGAGAGUGCUGACAAUGCUAGCCUCCAGCUCAUCCCUUGCACGAUUUGCCACAGAAAAUUUGCUGCAGAGAGACUAGAGAAGCACCUUCAGGUCUGUGAGAGGAUGCAGCGCUCCAGCCGCAAAGUCUUUGACUCCUCCAAGUACAGGGCCAAGGGAACUGACCUGGAAGAGUUCAUGAAAACCAACUCAAGAAGCAAGUCUCCUGAGCUAAAGAAGAGCAACUGGAGGCAGAAACACGAGGCAUUCAUUCGUAAUCUGCGCCAAGCCCAUGUUCCAGCAACAGGUGCUUUGCAGCCCCAACCACCUAUCCAAGACAAUGAUGAUUAUGUGACCUGCCCUCACUGUGCCCGCCGAUUUGCCCCUGGGCCAGCAGAGCGACAUAUCCCCAAGUGCCAGAACAUCAAGAGUCGCCCUCCACCUCCCCGCCAACGCCACUGACAAAACCAACUAAUUUGCAAUGAUGUUUA